UCAUCUCUUUUUACUCGCUCCUCCUACGCGACCGCCAAAGGAAGUCUCUGUUCCUGCUCUUUCUUCCCUUCGACUCAUCAGAGCGAGAGAGAUCAAAUGGCUCUAUUCUCUGCCCAACAACGUCCUGCGCUCGACCACCCCUUCCUAUCCUCGCGAUCCCCGUCCGCUUGCCGUUCUCCGCUCCGGAUCUCCAUGGCCGCAGAGACCGUGGGAGCGUUUCCGACGGCCAGGACAGUCACCAUCUCCUACUCAGAUAUCAAGGAGAAGAGCAGAGAUCUGUCGAUGAACAUCGAGGAAGGGUUUGGGCCCAAUGGAUUGGGAAUCAUCUCGGUGUCAGAUGUGCCUGGGUUUUCUUUGUUACGUCAGAAUCUCCUACACCUUGCACCCAGUGUUGCAAGGCUUCCUGAUGAUGUGAAAAAAGAGCUUGAAGACCCAGAAAGCAGGUAUAACUUUGGAUGGAGCCAUGGAAAGGAAAAGCUCGAGUCUGGCAAAGUCGAUUUUUUCAAAGGAUCUUUUUAUGCUAAUCCAAUUCUAGACAUUCCUACAACUGAUUUUGCAGCUAUGCAACGGUACCCUUCAUAUUGUCGGCCAAAUAAAUGGCCAGCUACUUCAUUGCCUGAACUUGAAGAAGCCUUUAAAGCUCUUGGAAUGCUGAUGAUGGAGGUUGGGCUGAUGCUAGCAUAUCAUUGUGAUCAAUAUGUAUCCAGAGAGAUGAAAGACCAUGAGAAUGGAAGCCUUGAGCAGAUACUCAAGCAUUCUAGGUGCCAUAAAGGUCGUUUGUUAUAUUACUUCCCUAAGGAACUCAGUCACCAUGGAGAUAAUAAUAACUCCAUAUCAUCAUGGUGUGGAUGGCAUACUGACCAUGGUUCACUCACAGGCCUUACCUGUGGCAUGUUUACCAGAAAUGGUGUCAAGAUAUCUUCUCCUGAUAGUGCUGCUGGCCUUUAUGUUAAAACAAGAAAUGAUCAGAUUGUCAAAGUUGUAUUCGGAGAAGAUGAAAUAGCAUAUCAAAUUGGUGAAACCACUGAAAUACUAGGUGGUGGUUAUCUCUGUGCUACUCCACAUUGUGUACAGGCACCUAACAGUGAAAAGGCUUCUGGAGUGGAGCGUUCAACUUUUGCAUUGUUCAUGCAACCUGAUUGGGAUGAGAAGCUUAUGUUUUCGGGUGCGGUUCCAUAUCACCAAGAGUUGAUCCUGCCUCAUGGAACUCUCACUUUUGGAGAAUUUUCUGAGAGGCUUCUUAACAAGUAUUACCAUGAAGUAUCCUGAGAGAAGUUUUAGAGUACAGUUUCACUUUUCUCACUAAUAUUUGCUGUUAGAAGUUUUUCUUUCCUUCUUUUAAAUGUUAGUAGCCGUCAAUGUAAUGUGUUUUGAUCGUCUUGGACUGUUGAUGAGAUGCAACUUUCAAUAUUAUACAUGCAGACCUAGUAAUAAGGCAAGUACAUGCGUGCUGCAGUUCAGCAUAAAAUUAAAAUGGUCAUAGAAAAUUCCUCAUGUUCAUGCGAACCCCUCCGCAUUCAUCGUUAGCGCAAAGCGGGCUCCAUCUCCCAUCAAAGUAUGAGAGAGUAGGGAGAGAAAUAAAAAACAUGUAAUCUGAUUUUCAAGGGGGUUUUGGUAUCUAUAGAUGGAUCAAGGUAUGUUUUCAAUUA